AAAGCCACCCACCACCUGCCAUCUGUCACCAUUCCCCGCUCCUGCAGCUCUUCCCACAGGACAAACCACCAGCCCAGCCUCUCAAGAUGGCCUAUGUCCCUGCACCGGGCUACCAGCCCAUCUACAACCCGACUCUGCCCUACAACAAGCCCAUCCCAGGCGGCCUCAGUGUUGGGAUGUCCAUUUACAUCCAGGGAGUGGCUAAGGACCACAUGAAGAGGUUCUUUGUGAAUUUCGUGGCGGGGCAUGGCUCUGGAGAGGACAUUGCCUUCCACUUCAAUCCCCGUUUUGAUGGCUGGGACAAGGUGGUCUUCAACUCGUACCAGGGCGGCAAGUGGGGCAAAGAAGAGAAGAAAAGGAGCAUGCCUUUCCACAAGGGCACCCCCUUCGAGCUGGUGUUCAUGGUCCUCACCGAGCACUACAAGGUGGUGGUAAAUGGAGAUCCUUUCUAUGAGUUUGGGCACCGCAUACCCCUGCAGAUGGUCACACACCUGCUGGUGGAUGGCGACCUGGAGCUUCAAUCAAUCAACUUCAUUGGAGGCCCACCUGCCCCAAACCAGGGUCCAGGACAGAGCAACCAACAGCCAAGUAUCCUGCCUACAAUGGAGGGACCCCCAGUCUUCAACCCGCCUGUGCCAUUUAUGCGGAGACUGCAAAGGGAGCUCACAGUCCGACGAACCAUCAUAGUCAAGGGCUAUGUACCCCCCACAUGCAACAGCUUUUCCAUCAACUUCAAAGUAGCAUCCUCAGGGGACCUGGCUCUGCACAUUAACCCCCGCCCGUUGGAAGGAGUCCUGGUUCGGAACAGCUACCUGAAUGGCUCAUGGGGGUCUGAGGAAAGGAAGAUCUCCCACAACCCGUUUGGUCCUGGGCAGUUCUUUGACCUGUCCAUUCGCUGUGGCAUAGAUCGCUUCAAGGUUUUUGCCAACGGGCAGCACCUCUUCGACUUCUCCCAUCGCCUCUCAGCCUUUCAGAAGGUAGACAUGCUGGAGAUCCACGGUGAUGUCACCUUGUCCUAUGUCCAGGUCUGAUCUAUUCCUGGGGCCAUAACCCCUGGAAACACAGAGAAAAAGAUCCUGUAGGGCUCCCUUCUGAGCCCCUAAUAAAAUGUCUGAGGGUGUCUCAUGA